AUGGUUGAAAAUGGUUGUAGUUUAUUAAUAAGGAAUUUAAGCUUUGAAACAAGCCCAGAUAAAGUUAGAAAAAUAUUUGAACAUUUUGGAAAAAUACGAGAUGUUUAUUUGCCACUUGAUCAUUAUACAAGAAGACCUCGAGGGUUUGGGUUCGUUGAAUAUUAUGAUCCCAAACAUGCAAAAGAAGCAUUAAAUAUUUUAAAUAACUCAAAAAUAGAUGGAAAAGAAAUAAGAAUAAUUGUAGCUCAAAACAGAAGAAAAUCUCCUGACACAAUGAAAAAAUAUCAUAAUAAUUUAAAUGAUUCUAAAUAUAGAAGUUAUAAAUACGAAAAUAAUAACCGAGAAAAAAGGCGACGCAUUUCAAGAUAUCCUUCAAUAGACAGAAGCAGAGACAGAAGUAGAGACAUAAGCAGGGAAAGAUAUAAUCGAAAAGGAAAGAAAUUAAAAUAUUACAAAAAAGGUUCUAGAAGUUUAUCUAGCUAUAGUAUUUCAUCCUCAUCUACAUAUUCAUCUUAUGAAACAGCCAGCCAAAGCAUAAGCAAAUCAUAUAGUAGUAGUGAAAAUUAUAAUGACUAUGAUAAAAAAAAAAAAAAAUAUAUGUACACUAAAAAGGUAAAUAUAAAGAAAGGAGUAAAUAGAGAAACAUCCAGUAAUUAUAACACAUUAAGUUCUGAAAACUCGAGAUGCAGUAAUAAUAGUGAUUUUAAUAAAUGUGGGGGUAAAGAUAAAACUGUAAAUUUUCUGAACAAAAAUAAAUAUAUUUACAAUAAAAUGAAAAAAAGCAAUUUCAAUGAAAAAAAAUAUGCAAAAAAACAUUCAUUCAAAAGUUGUUUUAGUGGUAAAUCUGAUGAGGAAAUAGAGAAAAAUCAAAAAGGUGUAAAAAAAAAAAAAAAUUCAAGCAAUAUCUCAAAAAGUAGCAACAGCUUUUCAGUAGAGCGACAUAAUUUAGUCAAUAAAAAAAAUUGUAAAAAUAAAGAUUUGUCAACUAAUCAUGAAUUAUAUGAAAAUGAUUCUAAAGAGGAGUUUCAAGAAAAAAAACAUUUUGAAGAAGGGAAAGAUGGCACAUCAAAAAAAGUAAAAGAAAAUGAAGAAAGUCAUGAAAAUGCAUUAUUCAAUAACGAUUUUAAAAGUAGCUGUUCAAAUAACAUAAUAUCAAAAAAUAGUAAAAGUAGUAAAAAUAAUAAUGAUGAUAAUGAAUAUGAACCUAUUGAAAGGUAUUUGGAACAAAAUGAUAAACAAAAUCAAAGGAAAACAAAAUAUAAACAUUAUUCGAGUAAAGAUAGUAUGUCAAUUUCCAAGCAAAGUGACAAUAGUAAUAAUACGAAUAUAGAUGAUAUUAUUUGUAAAAAAAAUAGGGAAAAAACAAAUUGCAGUAAUCGAUCCAGUGAAAAUAAAAAUUUGGAUACAAGAAAAUAUAAAAAUAGUAAUUUAAAUAAAAACAGAAGGAUUAAAGAUUACUCAUCAUCGAGUAGUGAAACAUAUGAAAACCGAAAUGAUAAUAAAAAUGAUUUAAAGGAAGACGAUGAAAAGGACAAUUUUGAUAAUCCUAAUUUAAAAGACGAAAAUAAUGAAGAAAAAUGUACUCCCAAAAAUGGAAACCUUGAAAAAAUUAAUCUAUCAAAAAAUAAUGAUAGCAAUAAUGCACCUUCUAGCAAUCGAGAUAAAUCCAAUUUAAGUAGCCUUAGCAAAAUUGGAAGUGAAAAUGAAGACAAUUAUAAAUCGAAAAUAAGUCAAGAAAAAAAAGAAAGCAAGGUAAAAAAAAAUGCGAAUAGCCAAAUUAAUAAUGAAAAUGCACAAAAAAACAAAAGAAGUGUUACUAACAACAAUGAUAGUGAUAGUAUAAAUAGCGAAAAUAUGAAUUGUCAUUCUAAAUUACGAAGUAGAUCAAGCGAUGAAACCUAUAAAGGAUGUCAAAAUAAAAAAGAGAAGAAUAAAUAUAAAAAAAAAAAAAAAAAAAAAAAAUUUUCAUCAGACACUGAGUCAACUUUUUCGAAAAAAAAUUAUGAACAAAAUCAUCGUCGUAGUAAUAAAAACAAAAUUGUUAAAUCAUCAAAUUAUAAAAAAAAAAAUAAUAAUAUAACUAUAUCAAAUAAUUCAAAUGAAAAAAAAUCGUUAGACAAUAUGCCGCGUAGCAUUUCUUCAGAAUCAUCAAGAAGAUAUAAUAGUUCGACACGAAAAAAAAAAUAA